AUGAUGAUGACCCAGUCUUCCUACUACGGCGGUGACUUCGACUCCUUCUCCCGCUCAAGUCACCGAGCACCCACUGCGGCUCACUACGACCGAGCUGUCCCAUACACUCACACUUACUACGAGCCGCCAGACUAUCCUGGACGCGCCGGCUCUCGUGCGCUAAUCCAGGAGCAAGGCCAGGAUAACCAACCUUCUGCACACGCUCGAAGGCGAAUUCAAGUAGCCUGCUCCCGAUGUAGGAGACGUAAGAUCAAAUGUACCGGCGAUCCUGGAGAUGGCAGUGGUUGCUCAGCUUGUCGAUCUGCUGGAGCAGACAGGAACACGUGCACAUUCAUUCGAGUGGGGAGCCAUCCCGUGUCUGGCAUAGAUCUCAUGCCCGCGAGCAGCAGCAUGGCAGGAGGCACACCGUCGACAGCCACAUACGGCACCGAUGUCACGACAAGCGCCUACGAUGCUGGCCUGUAUCAGACGCACCACCGUCCUUCACUGCCUAUGUUACAGACGCGCUCGGCCUACCCUGAGUACGACACCUACAACGCAUCACCAGCUGACGAUUAUACCUACGCAUCAUCAAGCAUACAGCGCCAACCAACAUACACAAGCGGCUAUGGCGCUGAAAGCUUUCGUCCAUGGACGAGUGGGUCCAUCUCAGCACCCGUGACAUCUGGCAGCAUGUACUACGAGCCUGGAUCAGCAUUCAGUUUUGGCAAUCUGCAGGUGCCGGCGAUGCCCGCAGGUCGUUUACCGAGUGUCACGGCGGAGGCCUUCUCACCGCUCAACAUGGGAUCGCUACACUCCUCACUCCCCACGCAAACAGUACAAGAGCGCCGCUUGCCCAUGCCGUACACACAGUCGUACGCACAGCCCGCGCAUUCAGCGGCAGAAGUCCCCCAAAUCCGUUCCCUGGGCUCUGUCUCUGAUGGGCGCAUGGUGAUCAAUGGCGUUCACAGCCGUAACAGCAUGCCUUGGUCGAUGGACAACACCUCUCUCACACCCAGCGCUCGUCACGGCUCCCUGAGCGGUGCAUCAGCCGUGCAGUCGCAGCAUGGUCUUCCAAUGCCAACAUCCACAGGUUCAAUGACCGAGCCGACCAUCUUGGGCUACCAAUUCAGCACCUCUUGCACCAGCCCAGAAGUCUCUCCCACCUCAGGCCCGACACUGUCAGAGAGCUUCUCAAGCACGUCGACCGCCGGCUCCAUCAUGCCACCGCCGGCCCACUUCCGCUACUCCAACCACCACAGCCACAGACAUCACAACACAGCGAAGUCCCCUCGCCCAUCUUCAGCUCGUGCCGCUGCCGCCAGUCUGUACAGUUUCAGCGCAGGCGUUGACACUACAGACCGAGGCACCACGUCCGACCGACACGGCAGCACCGACGAUAGCGUGCUGAGUGCGACUCCACAGCACAACUACAUGCCGCCGCUUCGACACCCUCAGCCUCAGCACACCGCGAGUCUGGAUGAGUUGCGACGGCGCUCGUCGAAUGAUGAGCGUGCUACGACUCAUCGUAUGUCGGUCUCGAACCUCAAUGCGAGGUAUUGA